AUGCGUUAUCCAUGCAUCGGUUUUCCAACAUGUUUAAAAUCAUUUGACAAUGGUUAUGUUUUACGUGCUCACCAUUUAUCUUGUGAACAUGCAUUAAAGAAAAUAAAUAAUCAAAAUCAACAACAAGAAAAUAUUCGAAAUAUUCAAAACAAUCAUCUUAAUAAUCGAGCGAAAGAAAAUAAAAAUUGCCAAACAUUCACUGGUUUAGAUAAUACACAAAAAUUUCUUAUUCGUGAUCGAUAUCAACUUGGUGGAAAUAAUAAUUCACAAGAAUCUUAUCGACGAAUUCGUCAACCACCAGAUCCAAAAAUGGUAAUCAUUCAAACUAAAUCUACAUCAAUAGAUUUUAGUGGUUAUUAUACAUAA